AUGCCCAGGAAAAGAGGGAAGCCAUCAAGAGCCUAUUGGGAUCGCAACUUGCAUUAUCUAGAUGCCCUGUUGGAUGACGGCUUCAGAAUGUUGGAGAAUGCUGGAGUUGAACCUGAUGAUAAAGGCGAUCCAGCCUCUAAACUCAUGUCCGUGAAUGACCGUCUGAGACAUGCUGAGGGCGUAUCUCCAGUGAGGACUUUUCAGACUCCUUUGCUGGUUACUGCACGCAGGCCUGGCUCCCAUCGCAGGGGUCCUCCGAGGGGAAAGAACAAAGCUAAAGGACACAAGGAAUCCCAUGAGCCACCUGAAUACAUGAGGCAAAUGCUGAAGGAAAUGCAGCAGGCAGGAGGACAAGAAAUUAAAGGAGAGCCUGUGCAGAAGGAAGCAUUUCCCAGAGGAAGCAGUGCUUCUGUUCCAGCUUCUGCUGCAGGAAGGGAGGCAAUGCCAGGCACAGGCACGGGAGAUUGGGAUCGGGACUUGCAUCAUUUGGAAACGCUGGUAAACCAUGGUUUAAGGAUCUUGGAGCUUGGUGAAGCUGAACUUGAUGAAGAUGAUGCCGUUGAUGAAGAUGAUCUGGAUUCCCAACCCAUACCCAUUACUGAGCCUCUGGGAGAUGCUGAGGGUGUGUCUGCAGGGAGGACUUUCCCAGGUCCUUUGGUGGAUGUUGCACGCAGGCCCAGCUUGCAUCGCAGGGGUCCUCCAAGAAGGAAGAAGAAACCUAUAGGAGCUAUUAAGUCCCUGGAGGAUUCCAAACAUCUGGAACAAAAACGGAGUGAUGUGGACAGCCAGCGUGAUGCAGCCGACCCCACAGCACAUAAUGACAACAUCUGGGAAAGCAUGAGAAGAGUUUUCUGCUGGGGAACAGCUUGUUUGAUUAAGUUGAUGGCCAUUGUUGCUGGUGUGGCACUGUGCCUGAUGAUGUGCUGUGCAGGAAUCUGGUAUUGCUGGAAGACAAAACGGAGCGCCUCUCCAUCUCCAGAAGACCAACCUAACAAAGCAGGCAGCGAGAACUUGAGCUGUGACCUCACCUAUCCACUUCUGCCCCUAUCUGCCCUGCCAUGGCUGCAGCACUGUCGUCACGAGGCUGUCCCAAAACCCACCACUCCACAAUGGGACCCUCUGCCCCUCAGCCCCCUGGUCCUGUUCCCCAGCCAAGACUGA